GGCCGGCUGAGGGUGCCCGCCGCGCCCCUACUAAAGCCCGGCCGGUGCUCAGGGCGGGCGCUCCCCGCACUCCCCUCACCCGGUGGGCCGGCCCGGGUGCCCGCCCCGCCCCGCCGGUGGCCUAGAAAAGCGGUGCCGGGGGCCAGCAGCUGCUCGGAGGCACCGAGGGUUUCCCCGCCGACCAUGAAGAACCCGGUGCCACAGGCGGCCUCGCUGCUGCUGGAGAAGCUGAUGCUCCUCGUCCACAUCCGGCCAUUGCCCGCGGGCUCCGGCGGGGAAACACCACCGCCCGCACCCGGCUACUACGACACCAGCUGCUUCAAGCGAGGAGACCUGCUGGAGGUGCCCCGCACCCUCUUCAUCCACUUCGGCAUUUACCUGGGCGAGAACCGCGUCGCCCACUUGAUGCCCGACAUCCUGCCCUCCAUCACCGGCGACCGUCGGCAGAUCCAGCAGGUGGUGACCAACAAGCGGCUUAUCCUGGGCGUCAUCGCCAGGACGGCCAGCGUCCGGGUGGACACGGUGGAGGACUUCGCCUACGGCGGCAGCAUCCUGGUCAACCACAUGGACCGGCUCUUCGAGGACCAGGUGCUGGGCAGCGAGGAGGCGGCCCGCCGGGCGGAGAAGCUGGUGGGCGCCACGGCCUACAGCCUGCUCUGGAACAACUGCGAGCACUUCGUCACCUACUGCCGAUACGGAGCCCCCGUCAGCUUCCAGACCGACAAGUUCUGUGAGACUGUGAAGAUGAUUAUUCGGGACCAGAGGAGCGUCCUCGCGUCGGUGCUUGUGGGACUAGCGUCAAUAGUCUGCCUAGGUGUGGCACCGUCCACCACACUCCCCACCAUCUUCAUUCCCUUCUUUCUGUGGAUGGCUGGCUAACAGCCUUCCUGGAGUCUUCCAUCCAGUGUCUGUAUAUAGGAUGUAUACUACAGUAUUUAUGAAAGCACACAUUACUCACUGGCAUCAUGUAAAGUUUCUUAACUUUGUGCACCAUUUUAAAGUACAACUUUGUCUAGAACACAGUGCACAAGGCAUAGCUUACUGUGUAAGCCAAAUAACAGAUUUCCUGAAAAUCUUGGUAUAUUUUAACACACCUUUAAAUCAUGGAAAAAGUAGGGUUGCGAUGCAGUUCUGCUCCUUGUCCUUAGCCAAAAAUGAUUCUAAUAACAUUCUUCAUGUUCUUCAGUCUUUUAGCUGCAUACCUGGGUGCCAUAACUAUUAAUAAAAAUAUAUGAUGGAGUUCCACGAAGUGAUGGAAAUGGAGAACAAACUGCUUACCUCUUCCUUUUGUAGAUAUAGUGUAUAUUCAGAAAUUACUGUCUCCAUUCCUAAAAUACUCCAUGGUGGAAAUGCAAGUAAAUUGACUCUUUUCUGAGAGCAAAGAAAAACCAACCCUGAGCUGGGUGCUGCAGGAGCACAUUUGGCCAGACCAGUUAAAGUUGUUUCCCUUUUGGGAAAUGUUCAGGAAUCUGUCAUUUGCAUUAAUUGUGUAAAUACUUGCUACCUUAUUGACCAACUUUUUAAUUGGGUUAGUGAUAAGGAAAGAUGGCAGUUCCUCACCAGUUUCCUUGCCAGUGAUAGUGGCUAAUAUGGCUAAUAUAAAUGGCUACAGAGGAAUUUAGGAGCUAUAGGAAGAAAUUUGCUUGCUUUAUGUCAACUAGUGAUUACAGAUGUUGGGACAUUUCCAGCAUUCCAGGGCACAUGGCAGGGAGGAGGAGGAUAGACACCAAUUUAGUUCCUAUCAUUCCUCAGCAGUGAAACCUGUGUAGGUGCUGUAAAGUAUCAGGGAUCAUUGGAGCAGUUUCUGUGGAGGCUAUAUUGUCAUUUUGGAUAUUGCCUUAAAACACUUUCUCAGUGAAAGACAACAUGUCUUCCUAGACUCAUCUCUUGUAAGUAUUCACUUUCAAGACAGUAACUGGUGCUAGAAACAUUUUGUCUUCAAUGCUGAGGCCUUUCAGUUUAUCAAGAAUGUGUAAAGUUGGAUUUGAAAUCAAGUUCAUGUAGGCAAUUAUUUAAAUGCUAAAAUCUUUUGCUAUUUUUUUUUCUUAGCAAGGUCUUUUAUGUAUGCAGAGAAAUUGUUCAGCUCCUGGAAUGGAUGCCUUGUGUGCAUACAUGUGCUUACUUGUUCACAUGCUGUGCUUGCCUUCCUUUCUAGUUAAAGGCCAAUAUGAUGGUGUCUUCACUAAAGACUCAACCUCAGAUUUACUUCUACUAAUGGUGUGCAGUGUCCUGCCAUCAGCUCUGUUGCUGAAAUGGCCAAUUGCCCAUUUUCAGAAAGACUCCUUUUAACUGUGCUGUAAGCCCCCUCCUCCUUCCCCUAGACCUUACAGAUGCUUGAAGGUUGGAUUUUUAGAACUGAGAGUCUACUUAGCUACUCUCUAAUCGUCGUCUUCUGGCUGCUCCACCAUAACCGACGAAGAAUGUAAAGACUGGGGUGAAAUUCCAGCUCAUAGGAAAGAGCAGCAUGACUCCUGCUGCCAUCAAAUAGGGGAUUUCAGUCUAGCUUUCACAUGUUCAGUCGGUAGCCCAGCUCCGAGCAGCUGGAUAUCAAUUACUGCUGGAUCCUUGUAAACAACUUCUGUUCUGCUUUGAAAGAUUGCAAUGCUCAGUGUAACUGUUUCUGGUAAACUUUUGAAAUUAAGGUGUUUUUUAAUUAACACGAGAUACUUUUUCAUAGCAUAUACAUUAGUAAUAUUUACAUAAACUCCAAUGUGUUUUUUUUACUUGCUGUGAAUAAGGCAUGAGCGGUAGUCAUAACUGUAAUUAUAUAAAUUUUAUUCAUUUAAAAAUGUCUACUGACCUCUUGAAAUCGAAUAUAAUGCUGUAGCAUUACUGUAAGAUAUCCCAGUAGGGCACUGAACAAGCCAUUAACAUGCAGUUACAUGGUGUCUGAUUACAGGUGGGCUUUUCUUUUACCUUUUAUUUAAUUGGGAUUUAUAAGAAUUCCAGUAAUUCUUACGAUCCACAUAUACAAUAAACAACGGGGUCAUGACCAGUAACCAAAUCACACGAGGGACUCUUGGAAGGCAGAGAAAUGUUCCUGCUCUGGCUUUGGUUAUCAAAGGACCUGUGCUCCUGCACUGCUAACACUGUUGAGCAAAAAGCAUCCAGACUGACUAAAUUGGAAUUUUCAUAGGUGUCUACGAAAGAAAUGACAGCAACUGCUUUCCUUGCAGGCUUUCAGAUGUAUUAGUAGAGAAUUUUCCUUCAGCAUACAAAGUUUUAAACUUAUGAAAUGUUAUGAAAUGGUCUAGAAUGUCUUGAUGCAUGCUUUCAUCAAAGACAAGUAAUAAUGGCAUAGGAGCAGAAUUUCAGCUGCAUGUUUAGGCAUUUUUCCUACCAACUGUAGUCCUAGCAAAGAUCUGGAAAUUUUGUUAAAGUCAGGCAUGAGUCAAAUCAGUCAUACUCUGAGGAGAAAAACAAGACUAGCAGGCAUGAAUUUUCGUGUUCAGCUCAGCGGGUGGUGUUUGUGCUCUGAAAUAUUUUGGUAAAUGUCAGUGUCAACUUUUUUUUUCUGUAAUUACUUGAGUAAAAAUAAGCACUAGCUGGAGCAUUGCAUUUCAGACUUGAGCUCAACUGUGAUGCCAUUGAAAUGAAGGAGCUAGUUACAAUAAGAAAAACACAGAAAACUGUGGAGCAGUUCAGCUGUUGGGGAAAUGUGUGUGCUUAGAAGUGAAAUUGUUCCUUGGUAACUGUAAGUGAUGGUGAUGGGGAGGGUAAAUCCAGAGCCACAGCUCAUUAUAGUGGGGGCUGUUUUGAAAAGCUGUGUGGUUAAACCAGAAUACGUAAUGAAGGAUUAUACGGAGCGAAGGAGUAUUUCUGUGCCACUGGAAAAGGCAAGUAGUGAAGACAUCAGGUUUAAAGGAUAGAUGUUUCACUUCAGGCUUUCCAAAGAAAACAAAAAUAAAAUGAGUAAGGUUUGAAAUGUUUUUAGAAAACCCUUGUUUAAAAAAAAAUGAACGAAAAAGGUAAGUUACUAAAUGAAGACAUUAGAACAGUGUGCUUUUUGGUUUUCUGUUUGCAUUUAUUUUAGCUUGGAACAUAAAUGAUUACUCAUUCUGUGGUGAACAGUCAUCUGCUGCUUGAUUUCACUUUGCAUUCUCCUGGAGGAGAAUGCUACAUAUAAAUAUCGUUGAGGCUUUUAAUGAAAACAAAAUCAUAGUAAUGCUUGUUAAAGGCUGAGGGGGUAGGGAAGAGGGAAUUAAACUUGUGUGUGACUUGACAUCAUCCAGACAGGUUUUAAAAUGCAAAAUGCAGCAACAAGAAUCAUUAGAACUGUGAUCCUAGAAAUUAUAUGGUGCUGUAUUAUUUGCUGCAUGUUCUCACAUUAAAUAAAGCAUCACACACCACGGGAUGAUACAGAACCAUGUUAGACAGUCAUUAGUUAGCAUCUCCAUUAUCCACUGAAAUAAAAGCUCUCGGGUGACUCGGAGCAUUUCCUCAUUAUGCUUUGUAAUAGCUUUGGACUUGACUCAUCUGAGUACUUAACCGUCAUGAAUGAGCUUUCCAAUGAAAAGUGAAGAUAGAAACGCUUAGUAGUUUUGAAGCUCUUUGCUGUAGUGCAUUCCACUUUCUUGUCAGCCUUACAAAAAUCUUUCAGAGCAUUGAGCUGGUAAAAUAAACAAUCUCCUCUCCUGCGGGAAUGGAACACUAAAAGUAUUUGAAGGCUUUUAAAGGCAUAAUUUCUUUAAAAAAAUUAUUCUGGUGUAUUCUGUGACGUAGCUUCAGUUCUGAAGUCAAGACAACAUUUAGGAUAUGGUCCUGAGUACUCAGAGACUGUGGGAGAAGGAGGGCAAGUGGGGAGACCUUUAGGAGGUUUAAGUUAAAAUUACAUUGAUUCCAGUAUCACAGUUCUGUCUGUCACAAAAUGGGAUUUGGAGUUACUGUUUCUGUGUCUCACAGGGUAGAAAAACUUCCUGUAAGACUUUAUGUAUCUUUUUUAGGUUUUCCCUUUUUAUAAGACAACUUUGUUUAGCUGUGUAGCUUUGUUUCUGAAAUUGCCUCUCCUGUAUUGUGUGUCUGUAAACUGCAAAACUGUUGGUGGCUGCUCUGUGCUAGUGUGAUUCGGAGCAAAUCAGCUGCACAGUCCCCUACAAUUAUAACACAACACCUACAACUUGGUGCUUGGUCUGAACAAAGCAGUGGGAAUGUGACGGGCAGAUAAUGGGGGUUUGUUUUACUUACAAGGGCAGGGCAUAUUAAGUGUGGUGAAGGACUAGUGGGUGAAUGCAGAAGUGUGUGCCUGAAGACUCAGAUGCAGAGCACAGUGUUGUGUCUGCUUUCCUGUGCCCAGCUGGAGUUUAGGAGGCUUGCAGUGGGGUUGCAAGAUCUCAUGGUAGCACAGAGAUUAAAAGGAUUAACUUGCCUUCCCUUAAAUUGAAGUAUGCUGUCGAUGCCACAGGCUGUAAUCUAACCUAGUAAAUAAAAUGACUGGUGGUCCAUCUUCUGACUA